UUUCCGGCGCUCUGCCUUCCGGUGCGUCGUUUACGCCAGUUUGAACCAAAGACGCCCAAGGUUGAGGCCGAGUUCCAGAGCAUGGGGUCUCGGUUGUCCCAGCCUUUUGAGUCCUAUAUCACUGCGCCUCCCGGUACCGCCGCGGCGCCCGCCAAGCCUGCGCCCCCAGCUACACCCGGAGCGCCGACCUCCCCAGCAGAACACCGCCUGAUGAAGACCUGCUGGAGCUGUCGCGUGCUUUCUGGGUUGGGGCUGAUGGGGGCGGGCGGGUACGUGUACUGGGUGGCACGGAAGCCCAUGAAGAUGGGAUACCCCCCGAGUCCAUGGACCAUUACGCAGAUGGUCAUCGGCCUCAGUGAGAAUCAAGGCAUUGCCACCUGGGGUAUCGUUGUCAUGGCAGACCCCAAAGGGAAGGCCUACCGCGUUGUUUGAAAGUACCACCAGUGAAUCUGUCUUCUGUCUCUGUCCCUUUCCCCGUGACGCACAGAGCAGGCAUGGAAUUUAAUGGGUGUUCUGGACAGACACUUGUACAUGGACAGACAUCACUACUGUGGAUACUACAAGACUGAAAAGAAAAUCGUAUGUUGUCAUUCUCUGGCUGUGGAGUGUUUGUGGCCUUCACAGAUUUCACAGGAACCAAUAAAUCCCUCAGAGAAGUAAA